UCCACAGCUCACUGGUGGAGCUUCCAGAAAACCCCAAGCAUAUCAUAAACACAACACUGCAUACAUAUGGGGCUGAAUAACCGGCAAGAAUAACUUCAAUUUUGAUCGCUUAACUGCUUAAGCAUAUUUUAUCCCUUCUCCCCCUACUUGUUCUGACAAAGAACACGCUGCUUGAACAUAUUUUGUCUCCUGAACAGGUAGGUCUGCCGCUUGCACCGUCUUCCUUGAUUCGCCGCCGCUGCCUACCACGCAAAGAUGUAUCUGGUGAAGGACAUCAGCGGAGCCAUCGGCUUGAUGGCAGCGGCCCUGGUGCUCCUGGGCACCUGGCCGGUCGUCCUCGCCGUGCUGGAGCGCCGGGGACGCCUGCCGCAGCACACGUACCUCGACUACUCCAUCAGCAACUUCCUGGCCGCAGUGCUGGUCGCCUUCACUUUCGGCCAGAUCGGCGGCGACACGCCGGAGACACCCAAUUUCCUCACCCAGCUCACCCAGGAUAACUGGCCGUCGAUCAUGUUCGCCAUUGCGGGCGGCGUCUUCAUCACCCUCGGAACGCUGGCCACGCAAUACGGCUGGGCAUACGUCGGGCUUACGGUCACCGAGGUCAUGGCCUCAAGUCUGAAAGUUGUCAUAGGGACAACACUGAACUAUUUUCUCGACGGUCGGAUCAACAAGGCGGAGGUUCUCUUCCCCGGGGUCGGAUGCUUUCUGAUUGCAGCCUGCCUAGGCUCUCUUGUUCACUCUUCCAAUGCUGCUGACAACCAGGAGAAGCUAUCGAACUCCAGAAACUUUACUGGGAACACUGCAAAGGAAGAGCUUACCAGACAGCUCCUUGAAGAAGAGGAACCAAAGGAUUGUGAAGAAGCAAAGCCGGAUGUACCAAGGGCCGUGGAGAAAAUUGAGGCAGGAACGGCAGAUUUCCUUAUUCAUCUCGAGGACAAAAGAUCAAUCAAAGUACUUGGAUCCAACACGCUGGUUGGCCUGGGGAUCGUCACCUUCGCGGGCGUGUGCUACUCGCUCUUCGCGCCGGCGUUCAACCUGGCGACGAACGACCAGUGGCACACGCUGCGCGACGGCGUGCCGCACCUGGUGGUGUACACGGCAUUCUUCUACUUCUCGCUCUCUUCCUUCGUCGUCGGCUUGGCGCUCAACACCUGGUUCCUGUACCGUCCCAUGGCCGGGGUGCCCCGGUCCUCGCUCCGGGCGUACAUCAGCGACUGGGAGGGGAGGGAGCUAGCUCUGCUUGCCGGAAUGGUGUCCGGGCUGGGCAACGCGUUCACGUUCAUGGCCGGGCAGGCGGCCGGGUACGCGGCGGCGGACUCGGUGCAGGCGCUGCCGCUGGUGAGCACGUUCUGGGGGGUGGUGCUAUUCGGGGAGUACCGGAGGUCGUCGAGGAGGACGUACACGCUGCUGGCGAGCAUGCUGUUCAUGUUCGUCGUCGCCAUGGCCGUGCUCAUGGCCUCCUCCGCGCACAGGAAGCCGCUCUGACACUGUCAUGGCCCGGACCUUGGGGAGCGUCAGAUGAAGUUAAUUAUACUAUAGUACAGUAUCGUAAGCUGAUCCUCCUUGUGCAACGAUCAGCGAAGCCAUAUGCUACAGUUGGAGGAAUGGUCUGUAAUUUGGACAUAGUGCACUGAUAUCACGUCGCAUGGACGGUCUGUAAUUUGGAGUACAGUACAAUAUUUAGGUCGGGUGAAGAGAGUGAAUAAAUAGAGGUCGAGCUACA